AUUAAGCUCAUUGUUACAUCAUCUUUCUCCUCAAACAAAUACAAACUCUCUCUCUCUCCCUCUCGAUUAAUUUUGUGUUUCCUCCUUCCUCUUAAUACAAGAUUGAAAAUAUUGUUAAGUUGAAAUACAAUGGGUGGUGAUAAUAUAAUUGUAGUUGUGAUAAUGAUGAGUUGUUUAUUGGAUGCAUCAGUAGAAGGGAAGCUGCGGGUGGGUUUCUACAACAAGAGCUGCCCCAACGCAGAGACUAUAGUCCGCAGCGUAGUCCGUCAAGCAGCCAUCUCCGACCAAAACAACAUCCCAGCCUUGCUCAGGCUUCACUUCCACGACUGCUUUGUCCAUGGAUGCGAGGGGUCGAUUCUGAUAGAUAGAGGGUUGGAGGCGGAUGAGAAGCGAGCGUUUGGGCAUCAAGGCGUUCGAGGUUUCGAUGUCGUUGAGACGGCCAAAGCUCAGCUCGAAGCCGUCUGCCCUGCCAUCGUUUCUUGUUCCGACAUUCUUGCUAUGGCCGCGAGAGAUGCUGUUUUCUUGUCACAAGGGCCAUGGUACGAUGUGGAGACGGGCAGAAGAGAUGGUUUGGUGUCGAAUGUAACAUUAGCGAGCCAUAUGCCUGAUGUUGCGGAUUCUAUUACCAAACUCAAAGCUAAGUUUUUAGCUAAAGGCCUCACCCUCAAAGAUCUUGUCGUUCUUAGCGGUGCACAUACAAUCGGCACGACAGCAUGCUUCUUCGUGAAGCCUAGGCUGUACGAGUUCCCGGGCAACGGCGGCUCCGACCCAUCCAUCAACGCCGGCUUCCUGCCGGAGCUAAAGUCGACGUGCCCAAAAGACGGAGACGUGAACGUGCGGUUGGCGAUGGACAGAGGCAGCGAGAAGGUGUUCGACACCCAAAUCAUGGCAAACAUAAGGAGCGGAACGGCAGUGCUACAGUCCGAUGCGGCGCUCUAUCAAGACGACGCCACCAGAGGCGUUGUUGACUCAUCCGUUGGCACGUCGUUCCACGCCGACUUUGCUGCUUCCAUGCUUAAAAUGGGGAGGAUUGGCGUCUCCACGGGAUCCAAAGGCCAGAUUAGGCGUCUCUGCUCCUCUUUUAAUUGAUCCAUUAAUAUACAAACAACAUUUUUUUCACUUCUUCUUGCUUUGCGUUUCACUACUAAUGUAUGCAUAGAAACUCAAGUUUUAAGCAUUCUAUGCACUUUCUUUUAUUAAUAAA